AUGAGCAUCCUUUGGAAAGGCGCUGAAGUCUGCACUGCCCUGCAGGCCUGUCGCGGGAGGACCAAGGCGGUGGGAAGGGGCCCGGGCUCCGAGGAGGGAGGAGGCUUGCUUGUCACCUUCUGCGGUGCGUGUCAUGUGGCAUCCACGGCAGGGCAGCCACACGCUGACUCCUUGAGCCGUGGUGCCAUGGCUUCCCGGGGCCUGGAGGCCGGGGACGGUCAGGGGGAGGGGGAGGGGCUCAGAGCCGCGGGCCCCAGGAUGGUGCAGGGGGGCAGCACGGCUGGCCGGUCCAGAGCCGCCCUGCGCUCUCCCGACAGCGGCUCCGGGGCAGGGCAGGACACGGCGGCCAGUGCUGCGGCCGGCCCCCGGGAGCAGCGUGGGCCCUGGGCUUGGGGUCCCCAGGCUGCCCUUCAGAGCGGGGCAGGCGCUGACCCCACUUACGUCCACACACCUGCCUGCCCCUUGGCUCUGAAGGCAGAGCCUGCCGACCCACCGAUACCCUGA